AUGGACCAUCGCAACCAUAUUGCAUCUUUUGAGCAUCAAUACGAUCAUACCUUGGCCCCUCGGACCAACGUCGAUUCUCCCCCCUUUAAUGCCGCGCAAAUACCACCUUUCUCCGACCGCCCGGAAACUCCUCCAGAAUCAGUCCAAGUCAUUUCCUCGCUCAUCGACUCCCUGAGCAAAAUAUCCGCCUCGUCACAUGCGAGACAAGAUCCUGGCGCGAACGCCGGCAUACAUAUCUCUGGGGAUCUGUACAGACGUUCGACCUCGACAGAGCCACCCAAUGCAGAUGACUUGGACAGGGAACAGCACGAUCCUCCUACCGCCGAUGAUAGCAGCGAGGGAGAGUCUGCCGCUCCGCCGGUGAUCAAGUACGCCAGAAGGCCCCCGCUGUUGUCCAAACGGUCGAGCAGAUCUUUCGUUCACUCCCUGAAUAUGACAUCUCAGAGUGGUCUGGCCACAAGAGAGUCUAUACAGAGCCUUAAGUCGCGCGCCGAGUCUGACAGCGUCGGGGUGCCUAGCAUUGAGAGACGAGAUCGAUCUAGCGCCAGUUCGACAUUCUCGUUCGUCAGUGGUCUAAGCGCUCCUCAUCGGAAACCAACCACCGAGUCAAUGCGCGAGAUGGCUGCAACGAGGCCUAAUCCACCCAGGCGGGUUUCGUCAGAUAGACGACGGAAGACCGAAUCUCUUUAUAGCAUCGAUCACGAGAAAGACAACAGGUGGCCGACUCGCGCAUCGUCCAUUGACGGCCGAUCGAGUCUGGGAGCACACACUGACCCAGCGCCUGCUGAGAGUCCUACCAUCACUGCUCUGAGACUAAGCAGGGGUGACUUGGGAAGCCAUAUGAUACCCUCUCGCCGAUCAUCGCUCAGACGCAGCGUCACAGGUCUUCCAGAUGUCUCUCAGGAGCAGCAGACGAGACACUCUUUCUCUGGUCGUGACCUGAAAGAGCUCAACAUCGAUUCUGAACUCAUCGAAGGCGAUAACUCGACUGUCAGACGGAUCCGGGAACUGCAAGAAGCCCGGGAGAAGCGCCAGAAGGAGUGGAGAAACGAGGCUCGCAAGUCCGAGAGAGCAGCGAAGCGACACACCAUCGCCACCCCCAAAAUGUCGUCGCAGCGGUCAAGCCCGUACCAAACUUCCAGACUCUCUGUUACCGAGGUGGUAGUAGAGUCGCCCGAAGUGGAAAGUCCGCUUGAUCUGUCCGCCACGGUCACCGCAUCUGAUCUGGCGGACAUGCCUGCCUUCGUUCCAGAAGCCCCUAAAGAAGAACCACCACCUCCACCGCCUCUCAUGGGCAGCGUCAUGUCGAACCCGUCGGGUGCAACACCCUCCCGACGCAACAGUACCUACCGGAACUCCAUAGCCCAGGGAAAACGGAGUUCCAUGACCCAAACGACCAAGCAAGAGCCUGCCGUCGCAGAGAUGAAGUCUAUAACGGAAGAAGUUGAUGCGUUUCUCAGCGCGCCCCGUUUCACGCAAAAGAUUCGGCAUCCUCGGACUGGCCGGACCAUCGCCUUUUCAGAAGUGGGAGAUCCGAAUGGCUUCGUGGUUUUGUGUUGUGUUGGCAUGGGCUUGACCCGAUACCUCACAGCCUUUUACGACGAGCUGGCGAGGACUUUACGCUUGAGGUUAAUCACCCCCGAUCGACCGGGAGUGGGUGCAAGCUCGGCCUUACCCGAAUCUCAGUGUACACCAUUGAACUGGGUCGAUGAUGUGGCCGUCAUUUGCAGCUCGCUGGAAAUCACGAGAUUCUCUCUCCUGGCACAUUCUGCUGGCGCAAUCUACGCUCUGGCAACUGCCUUGAAGAUGCCACAAUACGUCCGAGGCCGCAUUCAUCUCCUGGCACCAUGGAUACCGCCUUCACAGAUGCCCAAAGGAGCGGUCAUUGGGCCCGACUCGCAACCAAUUGCCAAUCUACCUUUUACUCACAAAAUCCUGAGUGUUCUGCCAGCACAAAUCCUAAAGGUCGCCAACUCGAGGUUUUUGACUGCGACCAGUGCUUCCGUGGACACGAAGCCGCUGAAGUCCAAAAAGGCGAAGCAACAACUAGAGAGUCUAGACGCUUCGUUUGGUUACCCUUUCCAAGAUAUCAACGACGACAGUUCAUUCAGAGCCGCCCUUCCUGACUUUGAGCCCGAGCGACCGCGAACAGGCACACCGAACCGAGCACGGGCCGUAUCGUGCUACCAAGCCAAUAAUGAAACACUGGGCAUACCCGGACCACCGCCUCUGUCCAGUCCAAAGUCCGAUACUGGAAGGCAGACGUUUUCAUCAACCAAGGCUCCUGCUGCGACUGCUCGACCCAUGUCCCCACGCUUGAGUCCCGAGGCUCGUCAGGCACUCUAUAAUCAGACACUGACACAUCGCAUCUGGACGCUCUCCACUCAAAACGCAAACCCUGCUAUUGAUCUCCUGGUCUGUCUUGAGCGGCGGAAACCUAUUGGGUUUCGGUAUCCCGAAGUGACCCGGUCAGUUGUGAUUCACCAUGGAGCCAAGGACACCCGGGUUCCGUUGGACAACGUCCGGUGGCUGCACGGCGUGAUGAAGCGAUGUGAACUACGAAUCCUGGACGGUGAGGGCCACGGUCUCAUGGCGAGUGCAUCAGCCAUGGCGACGGUCCUCGGUGAGAUCGCCAGGGAGUGGGAAGAGUGGGAAAAGAUUGCGCAGGGCAAGGAGAAGAGGAAACGAAGCGACGCAGCGUCGACCUUCUCCAGGGGACGGUCUUUUCACAGUCGAUUUGUGGAUGCCUCAUACCGGGAAGCUGCGUCGCGUGACUCCUGA